AUAUGCGAAAAACAAAAUGUAAGCUUGAACUGCAAGUUGACAGUGUAGGAUCAAAGAAUUUACCACAGGUAAGCUUACAGUCAGUUAGUCAGCGCAGGCUGGUCGCGUGUGCGGAGGAGAGGGACGGAAGCUAUACUGUUACAUGCGCAUUAUCACAAUGACAUCAUGGUCUGACUCUGCAGCAUUGCAUCGUAGAUACGGCAUGUAAACGGGUGAAAAGAAAAAGGACAUGGAUACAAAUAUAUUUAAUUUCUCAAUAAGAAUGAGGAGGUGCUGGUAAUAUAUGCAAGUACCGCAACCGAAGACAGGACCCACUUAUUUCAGUGCAUAUUAGGUUUUCCACGGAUAAUCCAUAGUUGCAGCCGUUUUCGCCAUGGCUAACUCACGUGGGACAGUGGAGAUGGCGUCAUUGGAAUGUGCUGCCUCGAAUCUGGCAUGUGAAGCAUCACCGGAGCCUGACAGUGGGGCGCUGAGGAUGGUACUGGUGGGGAAGACAGGCACAGGGAGAAGCUCUUCUGGUAACACCAUCCUAGGGAGGCAGGCAUUCCGGGUGGACAUCUCUUCAUGUUCUGUAACUGGUCAGUGUGACAGACAGAGUGGAGCUGUGGCUGGGAGGAACCUCACUGUGGUCGACACCCCAGGGUUCUUCGACACGCGCCUCUCCCCUCAGGAGGUGACAGCUGAGGCAGGCCGCUGUGUGGUGCUGUCCGCCCCUGGACCCCACUCCUUCCUGGUGACCCUUCAGCCUGGCAGGUUCACUCAGGAGGAGCGGGAUGCCCUGGAGUGGGUCAAGGCCACUUUUGGACCAGGAGUCCUCAGAUACACAGUAGUACUGUUCACCUGGGGUGACCAUCUACAGGGAAAAAGCAUGGAAGACUUCCUGAAGGAGAGCCAGGAGCUCCAGGAGUUUGUGAGUAGAUGUCAGGGGGGCUACCAUGUCUUUAACAACAGCAACAAGAUAACAGACUGCACUCAGGUCACAGAGCUCCUGGAGAAGAUAGACAAGAUGGUGACGCAGAACGGAGGUGGCUUCUACACCAACGAGAUGUACCAGGAGGCAAUUCUGGGAGAGAGAAGGAUGACUCCAUUGAAGCAGAAGGAGGAAGGGGUGAAGACAGGGCCAGAGCCUCAGGGACCGGAGGCAGAGAGAAUGAGAAGGAGGGAAGAGGAGGAGAGGAGAAGAGAGGAAGAGGCAGCCAGAAAGAAGGCAGAGAAGUUGUUCUGGUGUGAGCUGGUGUCUGCCCUGGGGAAGGGGGCGGCAGAGGGAGCUGGAGUAACAAGCAAAGGGAAAGGGAAAGCAGUGAAAAAGGUUAAGGCGAUAGAGAGGGCAGCAGCUUUGGCUACCACACCGCUGUCAAUCACAUCAGCUGCCAAAGUGGUGGGAGGAGCUGUGAGAGAGGGAAGUAAAGUGCUUUACAAACACCGCAAAACUCUCCUACACUGACGGGGACUUUUAAUAUCCACUAUUAUUCACUGUAUGGUGCUGGGUUAUCAGGUAGAAGAUGAGGGUCUUAAAUAACCCGUAUAUUGUUUUCUGUCUCUGAAGUGCAAAUUAGUUUUUACACACUUAUUUAUCACUCAAAUGUGUUCUCUGAAAAUGACUUCAUAAGGUAGGCUUGCUAAAGAGCGCCGAUGCACUUUCUUCCAUUGACAGUCAUAGUUGAUAAACUAUUAAUGCACUAACACACGGAGGUAAAUGAUCAGAAAGUGAAUAAGAGUUGGUAGAAUACAAAAUGCAGUGUAAUACCAGUGUAAUGGAACUGCCACCAUCAUCCUUAGUAGAAGCCCAGCCCUGACAGUUGAGGAAGUGAUUCUAUUUGACCAGGUUGUCAUAGUGCCGCGGGAGUAAACAGGCAUUCAUUAUUGAAUACUCAAUAGAAAAGUGAAGUGUGCUGUGAAUUUUUUUUAAUGGUGUGAAUCGCUAGUGUGAGUAUGAAGGAGUAAACAUCCUGGUGUGAUGAAACAAUUUAAAGUAAUCAACACGAAGAACCAGUAAAUAUACCUUUUACGGACCUGAUUUACAAAUGGUGAAGGUUCUUUAAUGUUGAUCACUACAACAUGGGUGCCACAGCUGUAAAAGGCCCACAUAUACACAUUUAGUAGUACCAAGACACUUAGUGCAAGUACCUUUCCAUUUUGUUGAAGCAUUCAUCUGCAUUUGCCAUUGUAAUCCUGGUCUAAAAAUGUAGUCAAUAAAUGUUGAGAUAUGAAUGAACUCUAGUUAGUGAGAAAUAACGGUUGAUGUCUCAUCGCAUAGAAAAUAUAUGUAGUUUGAACUGUGACAUCACACAAAUGUGUAUUGGUUCUGCUUAAUGAAAUGCAAUAAUAUUAAAGGAAUGGAAAUGACUGGUAAAAAUCAAAGUACAGAAUACAACGUAUUUAAGAAGAACCUUGGUUCAGUCAAGAAGUGGACGGAUAUAAGAGUUACAUACAUGACAGUGGGUUCUGUAUGGCAUCUCCAUGGACUUAUUAUCAGAAAGGGAAGAACAUAGCACAACUCUUGACACGGAUGGCAAAUAUCACCCAGAGCAGCUUAAAUACAAGAUUCCCAAUGAACUCUGCUUGGUGAAACAAUGGAGGCCUUGAAGGUUGGUCACUGUUAUAUGUAGAAAUUGUGAAAAGACAGGAAAGCAGAACAAAUGUCUCACAUAUAUACAAUGUUUACACCAUUUUGAUGUAAUAAGACAUUCAAAAUAUGCCAUUUACUAGAAAAGGAAAAUAAGGCACAAACUCCAUUGGACUAAUUGAAGAGGGACAAUAUCUGCCUCAAUGAAAAAAAGUAGAAUAAAAAAGAAAAUUCCCACAUUAUUCAAUUUACUAAAUUCCCAUUAACAUUCAGUUCCACACCCUCAUGCACAAAAACAUAGGACAAAGUUCUUUGGUCAUUUUAGUCUAGGAAAAAGCACACCAACAAACGCACCAGGUACCAACAUCACGACGGUUGCCCUAUGGGUACAGUAUAUACCCCCCAGGGUAUACAGGGGGUACUGUGACACUGCAGACUGUAGUCCAUUACUAAGUAUGAUUGGUGGGCAGAGGUGCUUUCAGUUACUGAACUGCUCAACUGUCGCUUAAAACAGCACUGACUCUCUUUAGAUGGGCAUGGGCAGGGACAUCUUUCCACUUCCUCUGAGCACUGGAGAGGGACAGAGGCAAAGAGGGAAAGGGAAAUGGGAUGAAAUAUGUACUAGAAAUACAAUACAAAGUCAAAAUCCCUCCCUGGCUCAUACUUACCCCUGGUAACGUAAAGGUAGAAGAAGUCACAGUAGAAAAUCGUCUGCACCACACCGGACACCACAGCAAUCUGGUCAAAGAAGCCCUCGGUGUGGUAGCGCCACACCCAGUUGGCCAGGUACAGGGCUCGGUAGAGACCCAGGAAGAACAGGUAGUGGGUGGUGAUGGACUCUGCCUCGCCGGUCUUGGUGAUCAUGAAGAGCUGGGGCAAGAUGGCCACCGACUCCAGGUAGAUGGAGAAGGUCCACAGGAUCUGUGCACCAAAGAUAUGCAGUUGAGACUUCUAGGCCAAUAUUCCACAAAAGCAAAUAUUUUGAGUUUUAGUUGCCCCUCAUUUACAUUAUCUAUACCAUGACGUGAUAGAAUAGCUCAUUAAAUGAUAUUGUCAUGUUUGUCAUUUAUUAUCAUGUCUUGUCCCUGUGCUCCCCAUUCUAUUCGUUUCCCUCUGCUGGUCUUAUUAGGUUCUUUCCCUCUUUCUAUCCCUCUCUCUCCC